AUGCCUGACCGACCGCAUGCGAGCCAGACUCCGCAGGGGGGUACUUCACGAACGGGAGAUACCAAUUGGAGUGGCACACAUAUCCCAACGGCGCCAGCCAAUUUCCCAUCACAGUAUGAGGUUCUUUCGCAGGCAUCGGCUUCGCUCACGGACGCUUCCAACUUGGAAGCCGACCCAAAGCCAUACGUCGCGCCGUUCGGGGAAAGAGAAAGAGGCUGGACCAUACCAGAUAUGUACUCGACUGUCGACGAGAAUGGGAGGACGUAUCAGGGUUUCAUGCCUGGAGAAUACUCUCUCCCCAACGACGGCGAGGAGCAAGACCGCCAAGAUUUCCAACACGCACUGUACAAUAUUAUCCUCGAUGGAAAACUCGCGAGUGCUCCCAUACGAUCCCCAAAACAUAUUCUCGAUAUAGGCACAGGAACUGGCAUCUGGGCAAUCGAUGCGGCUGAACUUUGGCCCUCUGCACGAGUUAUCGGCACAGAUCUGAGCCUCAUUCAAGCGGCGCCAAGAACCAGCAACUGCCAUUUCUUCUUGGAGAAUUCCGAAACUCAAGACUGGGUGUACUCAUCUCCGUUCGAUUACAUCCAUCUCAGGAGCGUAGGGCCUUGCUUCACCGACAUCCGGACAGUGUUUCAGAAAGCGUACAACCAUCUGGCUCCAGGGGGGUGGAUUGAACUCCAGGACGGGGCGUGGGAGCUGUACUCUCUUAACAAUACCUCUCGAGGCUCGGCGUUCGAACGUUGGCUGGCCCUGAUCAAAGUAGGAUCUCUCAAUCAGGGACGUGACAUGACCAAGAUACGAAGCCACAGAGAUUACCUCAAACAGGUCGGGUUCGUCAACAUUGGGGAAAAGGAAACACCGGUCCCCACCAGCCCCUGGGCCAAAGACAGGAAGUCAAAGAAGAUGGGCUACUUCCUGGGGAGCUCCAUGCUAUCUGCACUGGAGCCUUACCGGAAAACCAUAGGGUCUGCAGGAUUAUCCCCAGAGGAGAUCGACGAGCUUGUAGCCGCAGUCAAGCAGGAACUUCUUGACUUGCGCAACCAUUGGUUUAUGCCGGCCUGUGUUAUCUAUGCGCAGAAGCCGUUCAACCAAGAGUAUGGGACAGGAGGGCAAACACAUUUCAAACAGGAGCCUGGGAAGCCAUGA